AUGGCAUCAAACGUCGUCAAUACGAUUAAAAAUACCUAUGAAGGCGGAAGAGAACAAAUUACCAGAGCAGUUACCGAGGUUAAUAAUGAAAUAUCAAAAGUUGCGCAAAAAAACAACAUAAAUUCUCCUUUACCAGGCGAUUUCGCUUCUGAAGGUUUUGGUGCACAAUUCGGUGCUGACGUUACCGACUUUGUAAUCAUCCUCAACACCAAAGAGGCUGUCAAAGCAUUUUCUCAUGGUGAAAAUGUAACCUUGGGCGUAACCGCCGGUCCUGUUGGUAUGGGAGGUGAAGUUUCUGGUAGUGUUUAUGAUGGCGCUUCCCUCUUUUCUUAUAGCAAAUCUAAAGGUGUAUCGCUUGAAGGUACUAUCAUCUUUGAGCGUAAGGACACGAAUAAGACAUUUUAUGGCGAAGAUAUUUCUGCUGAAAAUCUCUUGAGUGGAAAAGCUGGAAGGCCUCAUCCACAUGCCACUCACAUUUUAUACGAAGCUAUUAGAAAGGCUGAAGAAAGACAACCAAAACAUUAA